AAAAGAAAAAAAAAAAAAAAAAAAGGAAAAGAAAAGGAAAAGAAAAGGAGGGAUCCCACCUUGCUUCACAUCACCACCUCUCACCAGGAACAAGGUCCGAUCAUCGCCUUGUGCGCCCACCCCUCCUUUUUAGGCUCGACCCAAACUUUGUUUAUCUUGCAACCCACCUCGACCCAACCGACCGACCCCUCUCUUAUACGAAGCUGUCCUCGUCUGUCAUCAAAUAUCUUUCAAAUUGCUCCCCCAAAUUCCUUCUAUUUCUGACCCUCCUUUCGGAACCUUAUCUAAGGACAAGCCAACCUGUCCAUUUCUUAUCCAAUUGCAAUAAUAUCGAAGCGGGCACAGCACCCCCUUUUUCCAGUUCCGUUGAAAUAUCACCUAACGGGAACGGCUUUUCCCCAGCUAGUUACGACAACCAAAUAUCACCAAACAAGGGCAAUUACGUUCUCAACCGAAAUCCAAACCAAACCAAAUUCAAGAUUCGAGAGGAAGAAAAGACAAUGCCAUCCCAAAAUCCCCGUAGUCACGGGCACUCAGCCUCAACCGGCUCCGCCAAAACCGGCGGCGCCUCCAUUUCCUCCCCCACACAAGGAGGCACCCGACAAUCUCAACAGCCCCCCGUCCCCAUCUCCAUCACCAUCUGCGGCGACGGCGGCUGCGGUAAAUCCUCCAUCACGCUUCGUCUCGUGCGUUCGCAAUGGACAGAAGACUACGACCCGACCAUCGAAGACAGCUACAGCAUCACGCGCCGCAUCGACGGCGUCACCUACCACUUGUCUUUGACCGACACGGCCGGCCAGGAAGAGUACCGCGGCAUGUGGGCCUCAUCCAACCUGGGAGCCGACGCCUUCUUGAUGGUGUACGACAUCACGAGCCGCGACAGCCUCGACGCGCUGCAGUAUUUCAACGAUCUGAUCGACAUGGAGGCCGAGACGCGGGCGGAUAACGCAGCGCGGGCUCGCCGGGCGGGGUUAUCGCCGGCGCAGAUUUCGGGGAGCAUGUCGAAUCGGUAUGCGACUGGGUCGAACAUGGGUGGUGGAGCAGGGUCGGGGGCCAAGGCUGUCCCUCCGGUGAAGAUUGUGGCGGGAAAUAAGUGCGAUUUGUCGGAGAAUCGGGUAGUCCCCGCGGCUACGGGCUUGGAGUGGGCGAGAGCGAGGGGGUGCGGCUUCAUGGAGACGAGCGCAAGGUUGGAGGUUAACAUUGAGGAGACGUUUGCGCUUAUUGUGAGGAGGGUGGUGGAGCAGAGGAGGUUGGCCGAGUUGGGCAUCACGGGCGUGGAUCAGGAGGCGGCCGAGGAGUUGUUGGGGAGCAGUCGGGGGAGGACGAAGCCGUUGAGUCCGUUGCCGAGCAAGGAUGGGAAGGAGAGGGGUAUGGAUGAGAAGGAUGGGAAUGGUGGAUGGAGGAAAAAGAGGGGUAGGGCAACUAAGUUGUUGAAGUCGUUGAGGUGCUGGUAGGACCAGAAGGACCGGAAGGAAAUGAGUCGUUAGCACGAGUGGGAGGGCUCAGGUUGGCUUGGCUUCGUUCACGCUGUUAAUGCUUCUUUUCGUUCUCUGUUGCUGCUGCUGCUGCUAGGCGAAAGUUGAUGGAUACGGGGUUGUGUACCUUGGGGCUGGACCUUGGCUCACCCUUGAUUCAUGGGAUCGGACUUUUUGCUACUACUGGAAAGGAGGACUGGGAUCGGAGUCGUGGAGCAGGAGUUUAUUGGUCGGUCGGCAUGUCUUCUUUCUGUUCGGUUUUUUUUUUCGCUGCAGACGACUCAAAAGGGAGAGAUACCAAACGAUGGGACUUAUGUAUCAGUUUAUCAACCUUAC